AUGUUCAACUUUAGAAAUUUAUUUCUUUUUAAUAGAGAUCAGACGAAAGAUACAAGAGGAAUAAAACAUUUUUUAAAUAGUUAUGAAGGGAUAUAUUUUUCUUUAUCGAAAAAGUUUAUAAAUGUAUUUGUCGACAAAAUCCAUUAUAUAGAUCCUGUAAAUUUAAGCUCAAUUACAAUAAACACUGAUUUUAUAGUCAUCGAUUUUUGCUUCAAUGAAAAUCAUAAAAUUCUACUAGUAUUAGGAAAAACCAAAAAUAUACUCCUAUGUAGCAUUUACAAGAUAAGGAACGAGCAUUUUGUUCUCGUAAAAAAAAUUCAAAUAAGUAAAAAUAUUCAAAAUGCCACGAAAACUUUGAUAUCAAAAUGUUUAAGCUACAUAAUUACUUUAGAAAAAAAAAAAGUUUCAUUUUAUCUUUUCAACAACGAUUACUAUAUUAUUGGAACAAACUCUAUUGAAGUUAAGGAGGAUUUAUUUGAAAAUAUCUAUUUGUGUAAAGAUAAUAUAUUUGUAAUAAUAAAGAAAAAUGCUAUAGAUAUAUAUAAAUUAGUUAUAAAUAGUUCGUCAAUUAGUUAUAUUUAUAUUCAAGAGAUUGACUUAUCUAUUACUAUCAAUGAUAGCGAUAAAAAUAACCAAAAUGAAAUCAAUAAUGAUAUAAAAAAUUUUGACGAAUCAUUAAUAUCAGCAUAUAAUGAACAAAUAAACGUUUUAUACAUUUGUAAUAAUUCUGCAAACAUAUUAUACAUCAUAGAUUUAAAUAAUAGAAGCCUAGAAUUUGUUUUAUUAGAAAAUAAAGUUGUUAAUUUAUUUACAGUCAAAUUUUAUUUAAUAAUACUUAAUGAAAUAAAUAAAAAAUUAUAUUUAAAUAUAUAUAUCAUAUAUGAAGACAUUAAAUUAUUAGCUUACAAUACAACAAUUAAUUAUUUAAUAACAAAUGUUGGAUUUUUUAAUAAUUUGAUUUUUUUAAUCAUUGAUGAGCAAGUAAAUAACCCUGAAGUAAAAGUUGAUAAACUUUAUUUUUAUGAACAAUUAGUCAUGAAAUGGAAUGGAAAAGAUAGUGUGGGAAAUAUAAAAAAUGGAAAUAAAAAUUAUAUUAUUAAUGAUUCAUAUCAUGAAAUUGGGGAAAAUAUACUACAUGAUGAUAUAGAUAUAUUAAAAAUAUACAAUGACAACGUCAAUAAUAAUAAUGAGCACAGAAAUUUAGACAAAAAUAUUUUAAAAGGGAUUGGAAACAAUAAUAGUAAUACUAUUAAAUAUGAAAACGAUAGAAAUUAUGAUAUAUUUUUAGAGAAAAAAGUUGAUAAAAUAAAACAUGAAAAUAAUAAUAUGGAAUUUAAACAGUUAUCUUUUGUAAAACCAUUUAAAUUAAAUAAAUUCUCUACAAAUUCGAGAAAUAAAAUCAAAUUAAUAUUAAAGGAAAAAAACAUUAAUGAAAUUGUUAAUAUUUUUAAAAAAAAAAAAUUAUUUUUAUGGCUCAUAAAAUAUUCCAAUUUAAAUCAAAAUUAUCAUCAUGCUAUUGAUUUUCCAUAUAUACACAAAAUAUAUGCAGAUUUUUUAUUUGAAAAAGAACAAUAUGAAAAAGCUAUGAAUCAUUAUAUGAAUACAAUUGAAUUUUUAGAAACAGCUACUGUUAUUCAAAAAUAUUUAAAUUUAGAUUUAUAUGAAUAUUUAUCUAUAUAUUUAGAAAAAUUACACGAUUUAAAUAUUUUCAAUGAUGAACACACAAUGAUACUCUUAUCUUGUUACAAAAGAGAAUAUAAGAAAAAAAAAAUUAUAUCUUUUAUAAAAAAUAAUAAAAAUAAAAUUAAUUUAAAUAAAGCAUACAAAUUUUUAUUAAAUAUUGGUUAUUAUAAUGUUGUUCUAAAUUUCUCCAAAAAAAAUAAAGAUCAUCUAACAUACACAUCCAUAUUAAUUGAUAAAUAUGAAAAUUACCAAAAAUGCUUAAAAUAUAUAUUCAAAUUGGAUAUACAAAAUAUAUGUAUACUACUUUUUAAAUAUGGUUAUAAAUUUAUUAAAUACUUUCCUGAUUUAACCAUAUCCUUGCUAAAAAAAAUAAUAAAAAAAUAUGAUUUAAAUCUAACAAUAUUUAUCCCACUAUUUUUGGAUAAUAAUAAUUUCCUUUUUAAUUUUAUUCUCAAAUUUCUUGAUAAAAAAGAAAAAAAUAAUUUGUUAAAACAAAAGUAUGAAACACAUGAUUCCAAAACAAGCAAAAAUAAUGAAUCGAAGCAACAUCAUGAAGAAUACACAAAAGACAAUUUGGAAAACGACGAAAAAAUCCAAAUAAAUAAUUCCGACCGAAUCCAUAAUAAAAAAAUAGAAUUUGACAUAUAUAAUGAUGAGUAUGACUAUGUAUUAUUUAUAACUGUUAUGCAAAUAUUAUUACAAAAAUUUAAACAAAAAGAGAAUAACUCAAUAUUAACCUAUAAUAUAGAUAAGCUAAUAAAAAAUAAUGAUAAAAAUAUAACAUAUUUAUCUGUUAUAUUAUUAUCGAUAUAUAAUUACAACAAAGGGUUAUUAUAUGUAUCUAAUAAAAUGAACAAAUAUGAUAUCUCUUUUCUUUUUUACACCAAUAAGAUUAUAAAUAAAUUUAAAUUCGAAUAUAAUCAGCAAUUAAAAUUGUUAAAGCAAAAUGAGCUCGAUUUAAAUCUUAAUGUAUUCCAAGUACUAGAAAACAAAUUUAACAAAAAUAUAUUUAAUUCAUGUUUACACCUUUUAAAAUUAAAUGACUAUGCCUACUAUAAUUAUAUAUUCUAUUAUUUAUCUAUUCUUAAUGAUGAUAAAUUAUUUAUUAAGUUUAUAAAAAUUAUACAAAAAAAAUAUUCUUUUUCCAUAUUAAAUUUUAUUUCGAUAUUACAAAAAUAUAAUAAAAAUUACAAUUGUAUUAAAAAAAUACUUCUUACAUAUAUUAAUGAAAUGGAUCAAGAUAUAAAUGAUAAAUACGAACAAAUUUUAGCAGACAAAAAAGAAUUAUACAAACUUAAUAAAAAAAAAUAUUCAUAUAAAUAUAAUUUCCGAAUAAUUGAUAAUAAUUAUUGUUAUAUUUGUAAAGAAAUCCUAUCAUUACCAGUUAUUCAUUUCAUGUGUAAUCAUUCAUAUCAUUAUUAUUGUUUAAAUGAAACACAAACUUGUAUAUUAUGCAGAAAUAAAGAUAAUGAAAAAAAAUUGUUAAAAGAAAAGGCAAAAAAUGCUGUUACAAACUUUGAUGAAUUCUUUAAAUUUUUACAAGGAUCUAACGAUAAAUUUGCUUUUAUUUCAAACUACUUAUCUUAUGAUAGUAUUUCAACCAAAUAA